AUGCGGAACUCCAUAUUCAUCAAUCCGCGCCAGCGCCGGCAGCAAGAGGCUGAUCAAACUGCUGCCCGCUUCAGCCAGCCGACAGUCGGACGCCAUCGUGCCCGCGCCCAUCUGCACGCAAAUACACUUCACCGGCAAGAACGCAGUUUCGACGAAGAUACAACAGAGCAUCACCAAGAUGUUGUUGCUAAUAUCCACCGUCUUCGUUCUCCUCAAUCUGCCGAGCUACGUGGCGCGCCUGUACGCGUUCGUCUGCUUCUCGUUCUGGCAGGAGGCGACGCCGCUGACCCUGUGGUGCCUGCAGCAGUUCUUCAUGAUGCUCUACUACACCAACUUCAGCAUCAACUUCCUGCUCUACUCCAUGUGCGGCAUCACCUUCCGGCGCUGCCUCUGGCAGCUCGUUCGCAAGAACCUCAAGAACAUCACACACUACCACUGCAACCCUCAGCAGUACACUUGAACGCCAGCCCUCCACUGGUGACUUGUAACACAUUUCUUGAGUGUGAUCUCUUUCAGUACCUGAGUGUAGUGACCGGCGAAAGUCAGCUUGUGAGGUGUAAAAGUGCAGUUUUCGAUCUACCUCUUCUGUAAACAGAGUGUUAGUACUAUUAAGCCUUUACAACUGUCGGAAAAACUAAUUGUGUGCUGUUCCUCUCAGUAGCAACGUAAAUUUGUUCGCCGAAUGGGUGAAUAAAUUCAGUGAUGAAAAGCACACUUAACUGUGUCUGUUACAAAAGAGGUUUCUUUGGGAGAGGCAAGUACACACACCAGUGCUUUUCCUAAUGGCUUAAAAUAGCGCUUCCAAUACUAUUUGCACAAUUAUUUGUCUCUAUACGCCUCCAUAUUCUCCUAAAUACGACCAAUUAUUCGAUGUGACUAAAUGGGUGUAUUUAAUACGAGGUUUGUCCAGAAAGUAAGUUCCGAUCGGUAACGAAAAGGAAACCACAGUGAAAACCAGAAACGUUUUAUUUGCAACAGUUAGGUACAACUUCCACCUACUUCUCUACAUAGUGGCCGCCCCAACUUCGAGUUUUGUCGUAGUCUUGUAUCAACUUUCCAAUAUCUUCAUCAUAGAAAGCAGCCGCUUGUGCUUUCGGCCAGUUAUCUGCACUGGUCUUCAGCUCGUUGUCUGUGGCAAAAUGUUGUCUUCACAGUCAGCGGUUCUUGUGAGCAGAGAUGAGACUCAGGGGGAGCCUAUUAAGGACUAUAUUGUGGGUGAUCAAACACAUCUCAUCGAAAACGCUGCCGGAGCGCCUUCAUUGCCCCUGCAGUGCGCGGCCGAGAAUUGGCAUGAAGAAGGAACUCAAAACUGAAAACAGCGAAGCGACACGAUUGACGGGCAUACUAGACACACAGUCCAACACAUCUGCGCAAAGCUUUACCGGAUUUUCCCAGUGGUUUCCAUUUCGCGACCGAUCUGAACUUACUUUCUGGGCAACCGUCGUAGACAGGCGAGUAGAGGGAACUGAGUACAUAAAAUUUUGAAUAGCAACCCACAUCCGGAGAACUACCGUUUGCGUUCUAGACGGUUCCACUUCAAACCUUUAACUCAUCCGCUUCUGACUGAAGAACUGAACUAGGUGUGACGCAGUACAGUUAUUAGGCAACAACUCGAAAGUAAACACAAUGAAGCAUCCAUUUUUCACUUAACCACAUUUGUUUGUAUUAACACUUGCACAUUACCUGUUUACAUUAUUCAAAAACAAAGCAGAAAAGACAUUGUACCUGCGAAACAUGUUAUGAUACACACUCUCCACACGACCUGAGAUCUCUUCAAUUUCUACUGCAGCGGCCAGAAAUCGUACCAUCAGACCUUCCUCUCUCUGUACAGGAGUCUCGUAAAUUAAACUUUGCAUAUGACUCCACAAG